GCAGAGGCUGUCGCAGCCCCGGCGGCCAGCGCCUCCUCCCCCAAUCCCGAUACCCAUUGUCUCCCACCCCUCCUGACCCGACCCCUCGAGCCCCCCCCAUACCAUGGCUCACGAAGCUGGGAGGAACUCUCGUCUAGGGGGUCCUUGCGGGGAGCCUGCGGAGAUCGGAGGAGGAGGUGAUGCUGGCGAGGAGGAUCGCCCCCAGGUCUGUGCCAAGUGCUGCGCACAGUUCUCUGACCCGGCUGAAUUCCUUGCCCAUCAGAGCUCCUGUUCUACUGACCCUCCUGUGAUGGUGAUACUCGGUGGGCAGGAGAACCCCAACAACUCUUCAGCCUCCACUGAACCCCGACCUGAGAGCCACACUAGUCCGCAAGUCAUGGACCCCGAGCGCAGCAAUCCCCCAGAUUCUGGGGCUUCUGGGCUUACGGAUCCCAGCUGGGGUACUGAGAGGAAAGGAGAGGAAUCAUCGGGGCAUUUUCUGGUCGCUGCCACUGGUACAGCGGUUGCGGGAGGUGGGGGCCUGAUCUUGGCCAGUCCCAAGCUGGGAGCCACCCCAUUACCUCCGGAGUCCACUCCCGCACCGCCCCCUCCACCUCCACCGCCGCCCCCUCCGCCCCCAGGGGUGGGCACAGGCCACUUGAACAUCCCGCUGAUUCUGGAGGAGCUGCGAGUGCUGCAGCAGCGGCAGAUCCAUCAGAUGCAGAUGACCGAGCAGAUCUGCCGGCAGGUGCUGCUGCUGGGCUCCUUAGGCCAGAGCGUGGGUUCCCCUGCCAGUUCCUCUGAGCUGCCUGCCACGGGAACUGCCUCCACCACCAAACCCCUUCUCCCUCUCUUUAGCCCCAUCAAACCUGUCCAAACCAGCAAGACACUGGCACCCUCUUCUUCCUCCUCCUCCUCCUCAGGAACUGAAACACCCAAGCAGGCUUUCUUCCACCUUUAUCAUCCGCUGGGGUCACAGCACCCCUUCUCUGCCGGAGGGGUUGGACGCAGCCACAAAACGGCGCCCGCCCCCUCCCCGGCCCUGCCCAGCAACGCAGAGCAGCUGAUGGCAUCUCCUCAUCUGGCGUUCCCCAGCACCACAGGACUGCUGGCAGCGCAGUGCCUUGGGGCUGCUCGAGGCCUCGAGGCUGCUGCUUCGCCAGGGCUCCUGAAGCCAAAGAACGGAAGUGGUGAGCUGGGCUAUGGGGAAGUGAUGGGGCCCUUGGAGAAGCCCGGUGGGAGGCACAAAUGCCGCUUUUGCGCCAAGGUGUUUGGCAGCGACAGUGCCCUGCAGAUCCACCUCCGUUCGCACACCGGGGAGAGGCCCUAUAAGUGCAACGUGUGCGGCAACCGCUUUACCACCCGUGGCAACCUCAAGGUGCACUUCCACCGGCAUCGUGAGAAGUACCCACACGUGCAGAUGAAUCCACACCCGGUGCCGGAGCACCUAGACUACGUCAUCACCAGCAGCGGCCUGCCCUAUGGUAUGUCUGUGCCCCCGGAGAAGGCUGAGGAGGAGUCGGCCACGCCUGGUGGAAGUGUGGAACGCAAGCCCCUUGUGGCCUCCACCACCGCGCUCAGUGCCACCGAGAGCCUGACGCUGCUCUCCACGGGCGCAGGCACCGCACCCGCACCUGGCCUCCCUGCUUUCAAUAAAUUUGUGCUCAUGAAAGCGGUGGAGCCCAAAAGUAAAGCUGAUGAGAACACACCCCCGGGGAGUGAGGGCUCGGCCAUCAAUAGCGCGGCAGAGGGUGGCACGGCCACCCGGGUGCAGCUGAGUAAGCUGGUGACUUCGCUGCCGAGCUGGGCGCUGCUGACCAACCACUUCAAGUCCACUGGCAGUUUCCCCUUCCCCUACGUGCUGGAGCCCUUGGGCGCCUCCCCCUCGGAGACAUCAAAGCUGCAGCAACUGGUAGAGAAGAUCGACAGACAGGGAGCUGUGGCCAUGGCCGCAACUGCCUCAGGAGCUCCCACCACCUCUGCCCCUGCCCCUUCGUCCUCAGCUUCCUCUGGACCUAACCAGUGUGUCAUCUGCCUGCGGGUGCUGAGCUGUCCCCGGGCCCUGCGGUUGCAUUAUGGCCAGCAUGGAGGUGAGCGGCCCUUCAAAUGCAAAGUGUGUGGCCGAGCCUUCUCCACGCGUGGCAAUCUCCGUGCCCAUUUCGUGGGCCACAAGACCAGUCCGGCUGCACGGGCCCAGAACUCCUGCCCCAUCUGCCAGAAGAAGUUCACCAAUGCUGUAACCCUGCAGCAGCACGUCCGGAUGCACCUGGGGGGCCAGAUCCCCAAUGGUGGUACCACACUUCCAGAAGUGGGUGGGGCUGCUCAGGAGAAUGGCUCGGAGCAAUCCACAGUUUCUGGAGCAGGGAGCUUCCCCCAGCAGCAGCCCCAACAGCCUUCACCAGAGGAAGAGUUGUCGGAGGAAGAGGAAGAAGAGGAGGAAGAAGAGGAGGAAGUGACUGAUGAAGACUCCCUGGCCGGAAGAGGCUCUGAGAGUGGAGGUGAGAAGGCCAUAUCCGUGCGAGGGGACUCAGAAGAGGCUUCUGGGGCAGAGGAGGAAGUAGGGCCUGCUCCAACAGCUGCAGCAGCAGGAGCAGCCACAACCGGGAAGGAGAUGGACAGUAGUGAGAAAGCAACUCAGCAAUCUUGUCUGCCUGUGCCUCCACCUCCACCACCUGACACCCUGGAUCAGCCGCAGCCCAUGGAGCAGGGAAGUGGGGAAGUGGCUGGAGGCGUGGAGGAGGGCGGCAGCAAAGCAGAGGGGAGCUCUAGCCCGGCCACAGCACUCCCUCUGGAAGCGGAGGGUCCCAGCCCCAGUGUGGUGGAGGAGCUGGGCUUGCAGGAGGUCAUGAGAAAGGAAGUGGGGGAGAGUAGCAGCCGCAAGGCCUGUGCAGUGUGCGGCCAGGCCUUCCCCACGCAGGCGGUGCUGGAGGAGCACCAGAAGACCCACCCCAAGGAGGGGCCGCUCUUCACCUGUGUCUUCUGCAGGCAGGGCUUUCUUGAGCGGGCCACCCUCAAGAAGCACAUGCUGCUGAUGCACCACCAGGUACAGCCCUUCACUCCCCACACUCCUCAGAAUAUCACCGCUCUGUCCUUGGUUCCUGGCUGUUCACCUUCCCUUGCUUCCCCUGGGCUCUCCCCCUUCCCCCGGAAAGAUGACCCCACCAUCCCCUGAGCCUAUUUUCUUGUCGCCGCUGCCCUUUGAAACCGAAGGAGCAGAACUCCAGAAUUUGUGAGCCCUUACUUAGUCUCGUGAGUUCUUUCAGGAUAUGUCCCUAGUGGCUUUUCUCUAGGCCCUGAGCUUGGAAAUUGUGCAUUCAUGGGGAUGGCCCCCUGAGGAGUAUUUUCCCUUUUUCAUUCUUUGUACCUGAGGAAAAUAGAUUCACUACAGCUUUUGCUUCCCCAAGGGGAAUCCUCUUCCAGCUCCCUUGGGGUCACCCUUCUCCCCACUCCUCUCUUUUUCCUUUUCCUUUUGGCAGGUGCACCUAAGCAGCUAUGUUUGGAAUUACAGCCGGCUCACAGGGGCUGGCAGCCAUCCCUGGGCAGCCCUAUGCUACUCUUUUCCAGUGGGCAGGUCAGCCCAUAGAACUUCUUAUAUGGGUACCUUCCUGCAUAGCUGGUAGGAGUAGGUCCCUGUCUUUUUAGAACUGAUAGUCAGGUUCCCUACCAAGUGGCCUGCCCACCCAAACCUGAGAGUUCUGAUUUAAUCUUGCACCGGUAGUUCUGUCUGGCCCAGGCUACAGCAGUGGGGCGUAAGAGGCCAGAAAAUAGUCCCUCUCCCCUUCCUAUCUUAGCCUCUUGCCUCCAGGGCAGUGCCUGAGAAGCCCAUUAUGGAAGAAAAGUAAUAAACUGUACAUUUCUUAUUCCCUCCCCCUGCUCCAGAAGGUGCC